CGCAGGUAAAUUCUGGCAGACCAUGGGCUUCUCGGAGCAGGGCCGGCAGCGGCUUCACCCCGAAGAGGCCCUGUACCUGCUGGAGUGUGGCUCCAUCCAGCUGUUCCACCAAGACCUGCCGCUGUCCAUCCAGGAGGCGUACCAGCUGCUGCUGGCCCAGGACCCUGUGGCCUUCCUCAAGUACCAGGUCUUCAGCCACCUGAAGAGACUGGGCUACGUGGUUCGACGGUUCCAUCCAAGCUCUGUCCUGUCCCCUUACGAGAGGCAGCCCCCACCGUCCGUGAGUAAGAAGGCCAAGGCUCCGGACGACUCCCUGCAGCCUGAGCCUGGCGGCCUCCGGCCCUCCUUCCUACAGCCAGCACGGCCCAC